CUCAAGCGCUUUAGUCAUUUCCAUCUUCCCUCUCUCUCUCUCUCUCUCUCUCUCUCUAGCAGAGCUUUCGAUCGCUCGAAGCUUCAACACAGCAACCAACAAUGGCGGCGGCGUCGUCUUCCAGCGCUCGGUGGCUCUCGGCCAGAGGCGCGGCCGUGUCGGCCGCCGUGCUCGCGGCGGCCCUGGCCCUGGCCCUGAGGCUCUCGGCGCCGUCGAUCUCCGAGCUCGCGAAGGUCCAGAUCCCUCUCCUGUGGCUCUCGCUCCUCUCGUGGCUCGAGCCUCCCUACGUCUACCUCGUCAUCAACGGCAUCAUCGCCACCAUCGCCGCUUCCUCCAGGCUCCAUGCCAACCGCCACGGGGAGCAGGAGGAGGUGGCGGCGCGGGUGAUCUCGGAGACGACGGAGUCGUCCCUGGGGGGCGGCGGCGGCGGCGGCGGCGACGUUUUCGGUUUGCUUCCCGACGGAAUAGUCUGCCCCUCGCCGCGGGAGGACGUCGCUUACGAGGAGAGCGGGGCGCCGGUUGGGGUUCCUGAGGCGGAGAGUGCGGAGCGAUCGGUAGCCGAAGAAGGCGGCGGAGAUGGACGCGGAGACCGCGUGGAGGAGGAAGACGAGGAGUUCGUGAUUUCGAGGUCCGCGUGGGCGCCGGCGGCGAGGAGGACGAACUCGCCGGAGGAGAAAACGCUGGUUUCUUCCAGGUUCGUCCAACGGAGACCGUCCAAAGCCAGCCCCGAAGAAGCUCUGGGAGUAAUCAAGCCGAAGCGGCAAGAAACGCUCGAGAACACGUGGAAGGCGAUCACCGACGGCCGGGCCGUGCCGCUGGCGAGGCGCCGCCUGAGGAAGUCCGAGACGUGGGGGGAGGAGAACCGGGCGGACCUGCUCGAUCAUCAGCCCCGGCCGGCAAUGAGGAAGUCGGAUACGUUCAAGGACCGGACGAAUCAGCUGCUGGCUUCGUCGCCGUCGCCACCGCCGCCGUCGCCGGCGAGGGGGGGGAAGGAGGGCGGGGCGGCGUCGCCGAGCCAGGACGAGCUGAACCGACGGGUGGAGGCGUUCAUAAGGAAGUUCAACGAGGAGAUGAGGCUGCAGAGGCAGGACUCUUUGAACCAGUACAAGGCGAUGAUGGAUCGGGGCUUGUAGCGUGCAAAACCCAUAAACUUUUAUUAUUUUAUUAU